AUGUUCAAUGGUGCUAAUUCAUUUAAACCAAGAUACCUGAAGCUGAAAAGCGCCCUACCAUUUCCUGCUACUUUCAAUAAAAUACAAAAUCUCAAGAAACUGAAUUUAACCACGUACGUUGCAAUUUUGUUGUUUAUUUGGUUUUUCUUGAAUCCUUUCAGUUUUAUAAGCAAUAUAUUCCAUGGAAAUUCACUGUUAGAUUACCCUCCAAGCCAUCCAUUAACUAGUAAAUAUAUCAUCGAAUCGACUUCUAGAUAUAUAUACCCACCCAUUGAGGAUGCUCCAUUAUUGAAACAACUUGGUAUCAGUAAGUUAGUGUUGGAAUCUAAAUUAAGAGAUGCAAAUGCCCCUGAGAUCGAAAAAACUAUUGUAAGGUCUUUGAAUUCGUUUGACGAUCCAAAUCCUGAAACUCAGAAGACAAAGGAAGAGAGCGAGAAUGCUGUUCUGAGUUUAUCUAGAGCUAAGAAUCGGUUUAAGAAUCAAGAUAAAAUCGUCUAUAAACCUAAAAACACCAAGAACUACCCCGAUAUUGUAAUUGUCACUGCUGUGGAUUUCGAAAAGUAUUCGGUGGAUGCAUUAACAAAAAUCGUACAGAAUAGAGUGGAUUACGCCCAUGAGCAAACCUAUGGUGUUUAUGUUCGCUGGUAUCAAGAGUUUCUUCCUGCUUUGAACUCCAUGGAUGUUUUGAAGUCCAAGGAAAAAGCUAAAUGGAUAAGAUUGUUUUGUUUAAGGGCUGCGAUGUUUGCAUUUCCAGAAACGAAGUGGUUUUGGUAUAUUGAUCAAGACUCGUUAAUUAUGGAUAUGUCUAUAAACUUGCAAGAUUAUUUAUUAUCUCCAGAAGCAUUAAAUCCAGUCAUUUUAAAAGAACAACCAAUUAUCCCACCUGAUGGAAGAAUUAAGACAUAUCGUAACUCUAAUGCAGACUUGACUAAAUUAAUUGUAACACAAUCAGAAAAUAAAGUGGAGUCUCAUUCAUUUUUGGUUAAAAAUGAUUAUAUUGGAAAAGCUAUUAUUGAAUCCUGGGCAUUUGAUUUAUUUUCCAAGUAUGAAAAUUUCCCAUAUGGACCUGAUUCUGCUAUAACACAUUUAUUGCAAUGGCACCCUUUUAUUUUAAGUAAAACAAGCAUUGUGCCUGCAAGAACAAUUGCUGCACAACAUAGUCCAGUUGAUUUACCUAUUGAUAAAAAUGGUAAAGCCGGUGACCAUAUUCAUUAUUACGAUGGUGAUUUAGCAGCAUUUUGGUCUAAUUGUGGAUCUCCAGAAGAAUGUGAAAAAUUUUUAAAUCUUUAUUAUUCUAAAUUGAAGGGAAAGAACAAUAAACAAGGCUAG